AAUCUUGGUGGUGCGGCAUGGUUUAAUCUCGAUGGGCAAGAUAGGUACCGUCACCGUUACGUGAUCUUUGACGGUGUCGAUCCAAUCGCGAGAUCGUCAAAGUCGGUUUUGAUGCGGCUUUGUAAAGGAUGGUCUCCCUCGCCAUUCUCACGUGGCGGAGUUUCCUCACGAAUUCUCCGUAGCCCGGCAUUACCAUCAGGAUGGAUAUUCGUGACCG